AUGCUUGACUUAAUCAACAAGCAAGAACUCGAAAAAUCAUGGUUAACUCAAGAACAUCCGGCUGUGAUCGGCACCCUUUCAACAAUUGCGAGUCUACCUGUUCCAGAUAAUACUAAUAACACUUACAAGUUUUUACCGAAGGAAAUAGAUUUGCUUCCUAAUGGUAAUAGUAUUAUACUUAGUAUACACGUCGAUGAACCAACUUCUCCAGGUCAUUUCGUAUCCGUGAAUGCAUUUGAUGCAGAAUAUGAUCCAUGGCUUUAUGGUUCAGUUCCUAAAAAUGAAAACGAGACACCAUUUGUCAAAUCACUCGAAUAUAUGAACCAAUAUUUUUUAUCAGGAGAUCUUGAUUAUCGUUUAACGUAUUCUAGAAAAGUCAGAAAAACAAUAGCUAAUUCAAAUUUAAAUUUGAUCGGUCUUGGUUUCAGUCACGGUCUCUGGACAAAUUACAAUACACAAGUUUAUAUUGAGUCAAAAAUGCAUGUUUUCCCAAAGAAUUUGACGACCGACUCGAAUCUUUUGAUAAAAUUGGAGCUUUCCCCACAAAGCUUUAUUCUAGAAGAGUAUCGGGAGCAAAGGAGUAAUACUGUUAUAUCCAUACUAGGAACUAUUUUUGGCUAUUGUAGUGCCAUGAUGUCUCUUUAUUCAUUUGCAUUUAGAUCAGAUGAAAUUACUCCAGAGGGUUUAGUAGAGUUCAAAUGCCGGGGGUUCAAAAAGAAAACUAACGAUAUACAGACUUUUAUUUUAAAUACAUCAUCCGUUUCCAUUGCCUCUUUGGAGUAG